AUGGUCUCAUUCGAUGUGGUCUUGCUCUUCAUCUCGAUCCCUCUAGAUUUAGCGAUACGCUGCCCCGAAGAAGUACUCCAGAUCCACACCACUGACCUAUUAGAUAUUUAUCUCCAAACCAACUUGUCCUUUUUGGAUCAAUGCUACCAACAACUUAAAGAGGUCCACAUGGAUUUGCCCAUAUCCGGCUUCCUGGCCGAAGCUUUAAUGCAGAAGUUAGAAUCAAUAGCUUUCCCCAUAACCAAACCAAAAUUCGGGCUGUGCUAUGUAGUUGAUACGUUUGUCAUCAUCAGGAAGAAUGAUUUAGACCUCCUCCACAAGAAGCUCAAUUCCAUAUUCCCAGGAAUUGAAUUUACAUUCGAAACGGAGGUGUAUGGAAAAUACCCAUAUCUGGAUGUCCUUGUUCAUCAAAAUACUGAUGGACCACUCCGUACAUCAAUUCACCGUAAACAAACAUAUUCAGAGAUCAUCCUACAUUUUAAGAGCAACCACCCAGUCUCCCGCAAAAGGAGUUCCGUCUACAGCCUCCUCAAUCGAGCUUACACACAGUGCUCUGAUGACGAAGGUUACCGAGAAGAAAUGAAAUAG